AUGGAUAAUUCAAGUUGGUUAGAAUAUGUUAGUGAUCAUCCGGUUUUUUAUUCCGACAGUGUAAAAUUAUCAGGAGAUACAAUAGGAUUGGAGAAUUAUGGAAAACCAAAAAGAAAACAAACAUGUAUAGCUAUUGAGGGAAAUAAUCUUAUAUUAGCUGUAGGAUCCGAAAUAAGAAUAUUAAAUUUAUUGGAGUUUAAAGAUGCUUGGCAAUAUGCAAAUGAAAAUGAUGAACUGCAUGAAAUGUCUGAAAGUGAUGACAGUAAUCAUGACAAUGAUGACGAUAAUGAUAGGAAUGUGAUUUCGGUUGCUGGUGAUUACGAAUUGGCAGUAGUUCGCUUACCAUUAGUUAAAUUUAAUUUAUCAGCAUCAGAAAAAAAAGUUGAUUGUGUGAUGUACAAUAUAUCUAAUGAUUGUAAUGAGCCAGAACAGAAAUUUUGUUUCAGUGAAAAUCCAGAAAAAACUUUUUCUUUUGGUGCUGAAAUACCAAAAGCAGUUUCUUUUUGUUUUGGUCAAGGUAAUAAAGGCUGGUCUAAUUUUACUGUAUAUGUUUUAUUUGAUAACGGAGAUGUUUAUGCAAUGUGUCCAAUAGUACCAAAAAAUUGUAGAAUAUUUAUCGAGCAACUAAGUUGCAUAAUUUUUAAAAAAUAUCAAGAGGCUGAAAAACAUUUACCAUCUAAUUCAAAUCUUCAUAUGUAUGAUUAUUUGUAUAAUCAAUAUCAUUUGCAAUACAGAUGGAUUUGUGAUGUGUCUCAACAAAUUAGACCAUUUUCAAUGAGACCAAAUCCUUUGGAAUUAUCACAUCAUCCUUUUGAUGCUAGUGACAUAAUCUAUUUGAAUACUCAACCCACUAGUGUAAUUGUUAUAGCUUCUAGUAAUGGUAGAUUAGAUAUCUUUCUUGAAGUUGAUAAAAUUGAAGCAUUUUGGAAAAUUCAGGUACAUUGUUAUUUUAUCGUUUUUCUAUUAGAAGACCCUCAAUACAAAGACAUGUUUUAUGUGUGUAAUUUUGCAGGUGUUCAUGCAAUUCGACUUGGUUUAGUGAUAGUUGAUAAUGCUCAUCUAGGAUAUUUGGUUCUGAUAUUAACUUCCACACUGCAACUAAAAGGAUUUCCUUUAGAGAGUAGAACUACACCAAUUAAAUUGUCAAUUGAUGAUGUUACUCGUUUGAAAAGUAUGGGAUUUCCCGAAACAGAUAAACUAGAGUUUCCAAUCAAACUACAAGAAGUUCUAACUUCUCAAGGAUUAACUUGUCAACCAAUUCUUUUGUCACAAAUUGGCAAUAAACAAUCAUCCAAAGAAUUUGAUAGGGUUAAUAGUGAAUUGAUAAGAGGAAUUUCGUUAACAAUUGUUAAUGAAAUAAUACCAAUUAAAUCUUCUGCUCACAUAUUAAUUAAUAGAAUAAAAUUACAAUUUCAAAUGAUAAAACAUCAAGCAGAUCUUUUACAGGAUCUUAAAAAUACCAUGGAAGAGAAUAAACAUCUUAAUUCAGAAUUGGAUGAUCGUGUAAAUAAAAUCAAACAAAAACAUUCUUUUUUAGAAAGUAAAGCCAAUCAAAUUCUUCAAAAAAGAAUAAUUCAAUCAAAUCCAAUUCUCGGAGAAUUUGAAAAUGAGUAUUUUGAUAUGUUAAAUCGAGUUCAAGAAGAUUUAAAUGAUGAAAAUGGUUUAAAAGCUAAAGUAAAACAGAUACAAUUACGGCACUCAAAACUUCAAUUACACAAAGUUGAGACUGCUUUAGACAAAGAGAUGGAACUUAUUGAAGAAGCAACAAGUAAAAUCCAGGUAGCACAAGAAAAACUAAAAAAUUUGAAUUUGGAUAAUAUUUCCAUAAAAGAGUAA